CCAGCGAGCCAGCCUGAGGUUUGCCCGUGGAGCAGGCAGCUGCUCCAGGGAUACCAGCCCUCAGCAGCAUCUCCAGCUUGCCAGCUGCAGCCUCUGGACUAGCUGCCCUCAUACAGGUACUCGACCUCGCACACACGCACAGCAGAGUGGCUGCAAGUGCAUUGCCGAGUUCCUAAGCGCUUCCAAGGUUGCUUCGCUCCAGAGCUCUUCCCAACUGACUUUCUGGCUCUGGAAGAUUUGGUUUGAUUUUUUUCUUUUUUUUCCAUGCUCCUUUCUUGAGCAACUGGUUGUUAUUGCAGAGGUCACCGAAGGGACUGGCAGAAGCUCCUGUGUCUGGCAUUGGGAAAUAUGACAGCAGAAUUGAAUGGUUGUUAACAUACGGGAUUUACUGAAGAAGAAAGACAAAAUGCCUUUCAAAGGGUUUGGUUCACUGAAGGAAAGAUUUUUUAAUCCGGGAAAGGAAGAGUUGAAGAACACUGUCAGUGACUCGCUGGGGAAUCUGAGAAGGAAAAUUGAUGGCACCAAUGUAGAGGAGGAGGAUCACCUCGAGCUGACGGAAGAGGGCCGUCCCGUGCAGGCGAGCACCCGCAAGCUGGCACCAUGCGACUGCUAUUGCUGCGGGCUGCCCAAGCGCUACAUCAUUGCCAUAAUGAGCGGUCUGGGCUUUUGCAUCUCUUUCGGAAUUAGGUGCAACCUGGGUGUUGCCAUUGUGGAAAUGGUGAACAAUAACACUGUUUAUGUUAAUGGCAAACCAGAGCUACAGAAAGCCCAAUUCAACUGGGAUCCAGAGACAGUGGGACUCAUCCAUGGCUCUUUUUUCUGGGGUUACAUUGUGACACAAAUACCAGGAGGGUUCAUCUCAAACAAAUUGGCUGCUAACAGGGUUUUUGGAGCAGCUAUCUUUCUAACAUCUACACUGAACAUGUUCAUCCCUUCUGCAGCAAGAGUGCAUUAUGGGUGUGUGAUGUUUGUGAGGAUUCUGCAAGGUCUGGUGGAGGGCGUCACGUACCCAGCCUGCCAUGGGAUGUGGAGUAAGUGGGCUCCUCCACUGGAGAGAAGCAGGUUGGCCACCACAUCAUUCUGUGGGUCUUAUGCAGGUGCAGUGGUUGCCAUGCCACUGGCGGGUGUGCUGGUGCAGUAUAUAGGAUGGUCAUCAGUCUUCUAUAUUUAUGGAAUGUUUGGGAUUGUUUGGUACAUGUUCUGGUUGCUUCACGCCUAUGAGAGCCCUGCUGCACAUCCAACAAUAACCAAUGAAGAAAAGAUAUACAUAGAAACAAGUAUUGGAGAAGGAGCCAGCCUAGCUAGCACAAAUAAAUUUAGUACUCCCUGGAAGAGAUUUUUCACUUCGAUGCCAGUUUAUGCAAUCAUUGUGGCGAACUUUUGCAGAAGCUGGACCUUCUAUUUGCUCCUUAUAAGUCAGCCUGCUUACUUUGAAGAAGUCUUUGGGUUUGCAAUAAGCAAGGUUGGCCUUUUGUCAGCAGUUCCUCACAUGGUCAUGACAAUCAUUGUACCCAUUGGAGGGCAGCUAGCUGACUUCUUACGGAGCAGGAAGAUUUUAACCACUACCACUGUAAGGAAGGUCAUGAAUUGUGGAGGCUUUGGGAUGGAAGCAACCUUGCUUUUGGUCGUUGGUUAUUCGCAUACAAAAGGUGUGGCUAUUUCAUUUCUGGUGUUAGCAGUAGGCUUCAGUGGCUUUGCAAUUUCAGGAUUCAACGUGAAUCACUUGGACAUAGCCCCACGUUAUGCCAGUAUUUUGAUGGGGAUUUCCAAUGGCGUGGGGACACUGUCGGGCAUGGUGUGCCCGCUCAUCGUUGGUGCAAUGACGAAACAUAAGACCCGGGAGGAAUGGCAAAACGUCUUUCUGAUUGCAGCCCUGGUGCAUUACAGUGGAGUGAUAUUCUACGCUCUUUUUGCUUCUGGGGAGAAGCAGGAAUGGGCUGACCCUGAAAACCUCAAUGAAGAGAAAUGUGGCAUAAUUGAUCAUGAUGAACUAGCUGAAGAAACAGAGAUGAACAAUGAAACUUUUGUAAGUUCAAAGAAAAUGUAUGGUGCUACCAGUCAAAACAGUGAAGUUCAGAGGAGGGAGUGGAGAAAGCAAAAGCAAGUAACUCAAGACAUGGAAGAAAAGACUUCUUACCACUAUGAAAAUGGAAAUUUUCAAGAUUUGUCAUAGUACUUGAAAUUGUAAGGUUUGUAUAUCAGCUAUUCCUGUACCCCCUUCUGCCUAGCUGUCCCAAAUCGUCUGGUAUCCAUAUUUAUUUUCUUAUUCAAUCAUGUAACAACUGGCCAUAUGGCUAGAUAAAAAGGGUGGUAGUUCCCUUCUAAUAGAAUGAAAGAGCGCUAACAACAAUGGGACUAGGAGAAGUGAUGCUAAAUCUUUGCCUUGGGAGGAGCUCCUAGCCCCCGCUAGGAGACAACCAUCCCUGGCAGGUCUCCUGCCUGGUACAAGCCUAUGACUGUAGGAGCAAGGAGUGCUCCCAUCUUCUCACUUGAAGAGAGAAAGACAUGGUCAUCUCAGAUGACGGAUCCACAGUAAUAUAUGUAAUUACUGGAGCUUCAGUGGCAUCAAAAUCUGCCCUGUGUGGGCCUGCUUUGCCUCUUCAGGAUUCCUGUAUGUUGGCACUUCAGCUGCUUGACGCAUUUCAAACUGCAAACUCAUGCUGAAAGAAAAGUGGUCUUAUUGCAGAAAGCUGUAAUUAACUACUAGUGGUCACUUAACAACAGAAAGUGACAGUCUGCUUUAUAUGCAUAGCCCACAGAAUGUGGAUAAGGCAAUAAAAUGGAUACUUGUAAGAUUUCUCCCCCUCCAAAUAUUUUGUGCUGGCAUGAAAUAAUUUUGAAUACAAAAUCAUGGUUAGUGAUGCAAUAUUAUUAAUCCUUAUGAAAGGAGAUCUUAGUCCUGUUGGAUUAGGUUUCUCACUCAAUUCAUUAUUGUGAAGUAACUUAAAUAUAUUUUUCUAGUAUUAUACUGAUAGAAUUCCUAGCCUCAACUCCAACAGUACUCACCUAGGUGAACGAGCUUACUUACACAAGUAACAUCUUUAGUUACGGAUCUGUACCUUCUCAAUGCCUCACUCUUGCUGUUGCUACAAAUGAAAUGUUGUACCAUUUGACAGAUAAUGGAGUAUCUAUGUCUGAAAGUAAUUUGCUUUUGCCAUCAGUAUGUUUGACAGCAUAAAGUGGUUUUAGCCUUUUUCUACCAUUUUUAGAAUCAAACAGUGGAGCAUGCUGUAUCAUCUCUACGCAGUUAGCUGCAACUCGGAGACUCACUGUGGCAUUAAUAUUCUUUUCAGAAUGGAGAAUUUCAGAAAGCUGUGAUUUAAUUCGUCUUUUAUGAUAAUUACUGCUUCAUUAAAUUCAAGUGAAAGCUAUCCUCUCUAGACUAUGAUGUGCUUUGUGAUGUUUCAAUAGUAUUGUUCUCAUGUGCCAUAUAUAGCCACUCUGAUGCACACAAUAUUUGAACAUUUCCAAUAUGCAUUUUGCUAUUUUCAAGUGCAAUUGAAUACCAUGUGUGGAAUUACACUUGUACAUUUAUUUGAACCCAUGGAUGAUUUAUCUUCCCUACAAAUGUAAUUAAACAAAGAGACCAGGAAAGUUAGCUAAUUCUCUUCUCAUGUCUGAUUCCUUUUCUACUCAGCGAAACCCAACCUACAACUGUAUACAGAAGGAAGUAAAGUAAGGUGAAUGGAUGCAUGCCUAAUUUGACUCCAGUGAGGAUUAUUUAAUUGGUAUCAGCAGAUGACUUAAUAGUAUGGGUAUUGUUACGGUAUAGCUCAAUCCUACCUUGACACAUUGCAGUUUAUUAAUAAGCCACUCAAAAAAAGUCUUAAAAGUUUGUUUCUUCUAAAGUUUCAUUUAGUCUAGAGUUGCUUACUUCACUACUGAUUUUUAGAACAGGCAUAAGAAAAUGUCUUUCUUGCAGGUUAUAGUCAACAUUUAAGGUUUUAUGUGGCAGGAGCUUCAGUCAAAUGUUCUCACCAGUCUGUCAGAAAAGCUGGACCAACUGCUGUCAAACUAUUUUGCAAUAUCCACCACACCUUUUGAAAAAAAAGAGGGGUACUUUUCAUAUGUGCAAACCAAACAGCUUCUUCUCCCUCUCCAACCAUGUAGCACACAUAUAGUUAGUACAGGAUCUCUUAAUAGGGAAAAUAGUGUUAUGAAAGGAUUGAAUAUAAUAAUCUCUAUAAGUAUAAUCUGGCAGUAAGGAAAGAGUAAGAGAAUCAACUGGCCUUAGUAAAGAGAAGACCAAACAACAGACUGUUGUAGAAACAGUACUGAUUUCUGAGAAGAAGCAUAAUUUUUCCAGUAAUGAUAAAGAGUAAUUUUCCUGUUUUGCUAAGAGGAACACAAAGGGGGUGAAUGUUGUUGUUAUGACAAAGAAGUACAAACAUUCUGAAAGUCUGGGAAAUGGCUAACUAGCACAUGAGAGCUCGGACGCCUCUCUGGUGAAUGUAGCUGAUAUUUCUUACAGUUACAGAUAUGUGCCACAACUGUCGCAAGUGAUUCAUGGUACAGGGAGGAGCUCCGUUUACUGUGAUCUCUUUGUAUCCUAAGACAGUCAGCAUUGAUUUAGUUCAAUGGAAGCUUGACUUCAAAGGACAUCUGAACAGUAUUUAAUAUCCUGAAAGAAAUGGUUUAAAAACAUACAGACAAGCUUUUGUACUUAAAUAGGCACUUUCUUUCUGUUCUAAAUUUACCUGCUUCCAGAGGCAGACCAUCUUCUCUGACCAAUUGAACUUAUGUACAGAUCACAGUGCUUUUCCAGGCAGACAUUUGGGCUGCCUUUCUCCCUUUCGUUCUCAUGUGUUUGAAUUGUUGGGGUGCAUUGUAUGAAGUGUAAACACCAGCACUUGUUGGAAGUUAGUUUUCUUUCUUGGAAAUCUUUGUUACUUACAGUGGCUUCUACAACACUGCAUGACCAAGAAUAAAGCCAAUUUACCGGGAUCAAACAGGCUUUGUAAUUCCAGUUUCACUGGAUGUCUCCAUCUGCAACAUGCUCCAACAACCUUUUGUUGUGGGAUCUAAGAAAGCACAGUCAACAAGGUGUUGCUUCUAACACUGUCUUCUUAAAAUAUGUUAGAAUUUGGAACAUUUAAAUAGUCAGAAAUAGCCAGCACAUCCCAACCUGACCCCAAAAGAGUCACGGCUCUAGUGCUAGUGGAUGUGAAUAACUCAAAUGAUAAUUUCUCAAGAGAAAUAUUACCUUGAUUCAGCUUAAUGUAUUGCAUUAUUCACAUAUUUUUCUGUCUCAUGUGCAAAAUAACUUUUGCGUAUUUUCAAAUAUGAGACAGUUUGAUUUGAAAACGUCUUUCUGAUUGCAGAAUGAAGCAAAAUUUGGAUUAUAUUGGAAAGAAGAUUAUAAGCAAGCUUGAGGAAGAUUCAGCUUUCAUAAUGUGAAAUGGUGGAAUAGAUAGACCACAGAAUAUUAAUUUAAGUUUGAGGAGAGAAAAAAGUAGGACUGCUAAGCAGUAGGUAUAUGUUGUUAUCCACUGAUCUUUGCUAGCAAAGAAAGCAGCAAUUUUUAUUUCUUUGAGACCUGAUGUUUUCUGGGCACUACUAGCAGAAGCUUAAUGGUAAUUACUACUCCUCUUAUAUUUAUGUAAGUGCUAAACAAAAUGUUCCUUGUAAUGAGAAAGGAAAAAUUAAUGACAGAAACAAUGAAAAUUCAGCUGAGUAGAAACUUAACCAGGGAAAUAAUCAGUCCAAAAGAACAUACAGACUUUGGGUAAAAAAUAUAACAAGGGCAUCCAGAUGUUAACAAAGUGCCAGGAGGAGUCUCAUGUGUGUAACAUAAUUAAUUUGAAAGUAGCAAGGCAAAAAAUUAAUUCAA